AAUUGACACCAGCAGCCAUCAAAUUUAGGGAACACUGUUUGGAUUAUAUUCUUGACUGGAUGGUGAUUUUAAAGACAGAAGCUUCCUAUGAUCAUUCCCAACGUUUCACCACGAAGCUCACUCCUCCUCUCUCUCUCUCUCUCUCUCUAUACCCACUACACCUAAAUCGCCUCUUUAGGGUUUUCAAUUACUCUCAUUCUCUUCUUUGAAGUCGUCUUUCUCAUCUGUUUGAAGUUUGAAGUUUUUUUUUUUUGGUGGGAAUUCGAGUUAGGGUUUUGCUUAUGAUAAUGCAGAAUUCUCCGAACCAGCAAGACCCUGAUCAAGAUCCGAGGUUGUUUCUGGCGCAGUCAUAUUGGGCUCCAUUGUUGGAAUAGAUUUGGCUUUCUGGGAUUUCGGCUUCUUUCAUUUUCCCACAAUUCUUGAAGCACGAUGAUAGGAUGGAAAAUUCAAAUACAAUGACAAUUGAUUUCCUUCGGGCACGCUUGCUCGCUGAAAGAUCUGUCUCUAGCACUGCAAGACAGAGAGCUGAUGAACUGGCCAAAAGGGUAUUGGAACUGGAGGAACAGCUAACGACUGUCUCUCUCCAGAGAAAGAAGGCUGAAAAGACAAUAGCAUAUGCUCAUGCUAUUUUGGAGAACCAUGGGGUGAGUGGGUUCUCCGACAAAUUUGACUCGAGCUCUGACCAUAAAGUGAUCCAUUGCGAGUCUAAAGUGAGUAAUAAUUCUGCAGAGGAGGAGGAGGAAGAAGAGGAGGAGGGAAGCUUGGUUGGUUCAAAGAUGAGGAGGAAUCACACUGAUGAAUUCUCUGGUUCGGAGCCUGAGUCUUCUCCUUUACCUCGUAGAAGCUUGUCUUGGAAAAGUGGCAAAGAUUCUUCAUGCUCACGUGAAAAGAAGUAUACAGAUUCUUCCACUAGAAGCCGAAGCACUUUUGGAUCCACCACAUCUGCUUCACCGAGACGCCGCGAUGGUAAAUGUUGUCGCCACAUACGGAGGAGAGAGGCAAGAUCAGCAGUUGAGGAGUCACAAAUUGACAAUAGCAUGCUAUCUCCUCAAGAGAGUGAAAUUGCUACUUGCUUUGACAUUAAGCCUGAGAUCUUGAGAAAGAGUUCUGAAAAGCAGGAUGCAAAAGUCAAUCUUGAAGGCUCAGUUGCAGGGGAUUUAGAAAAUCAGAAAUCGGUGGCUAGUGCUAGCAAUUAUAUGGGUGAACAUGGAAGUGACAAAGACAUGGAAAGAGCUCUAGAACAUCAAGCACAACUCAUAGGGCAGUAUGAAGAGGAGGAAAAAGCGCAAAGAGAAUGGGAAGAGAAGUUCAGAGAGAACAAUAACAGUACACCGGAUUUUUGUGAACCCGGGAACCACUCUGAUAUCACUGAAGAAAGAGAUGAGACUAAUGCACACACUCCUCCAUACCCUGUUGGGACUAUUGCCUCUGAAGACCAAGAACCAAAGGCCGAGGUGGAAGAAGUUCGUAAUGGUAAAGAAUCAUCCAAAAUUCAAUUUGAUGAUAUUCAGUAUAAAAAAUCCAGCAGCAUGCUUGCUCAUGAAUCCCCAGCUUCAGAUUUCGUAUUCCCUGUGGCUAUAGCAAAGCAAGAGCAACGACGAUCAGGAAACUACAGUGUUCCACCUUCACAUAGCUAUCAACACUUGGAGAGUCCUACUGGGGAUCAGUCAGCACGCAACAUCCCUUCUCAUACAUCCAAUAAUUUCUCUAAAGGAGACACUUCGGGGAGCAAAAAUGAACCUUAUGCGUUGAUGCCACGCGAAACACCCAAUAAAUUAGUAUCUGUUCUGGGAAGUCUUCAUCAAGCUAAGUUAUCAUUGAAGAACAAACUCAAUGCCUUGCCACCAAAAGACAGUGGGUCUAUUGGGAAAGCUAUUCAACCUUCUGUUGGGGACAGACCCGAGGUUCCUAUUGGAUAUGCUGGGCUUUUCAGAGUGCCAUCUGAUUUUAACAUAGAAGCAACUACUAGAGCCAACAUCGCAGCUUCAAGCCCUCGAUUGAGUUUGACAAAUUACUAUCCUGAUGCAGGAAGUGCAUUGACCGCUGUUGAUCAUUUUGUCACCAGUCCUUCGACAGAGUCCAGGCCAAGCGUUUCUAAUGACGAUAGACAUCUUUCCAUCCCAACCAGUCUCUCCAUGGAAAACAGGUCGAGAAUUCCAAGUUGGGCACCACUGGAAACACAGUCAAGAUUUUCUUCUCGCCAGCCAUUCUUUGUGCCGCCUAGCUUGGUUACAGGUCUAACUCAUUCCAAUGGAUGUAUUAACACUCCAAACAUUGAUACAAGUCUUGCUGUUUCUAAUACAUACGCCACCCGUAACUACCCAUUCUAUCCAAACCUGGUGCCACAAAUGCCCUCUAAUGAAGGGCCAUGGCUCUUUUCAAGUAGCAGUGGAGCUGGCAGUUCUCCAGCAAAUCCUUCCUUCCACGAUGCCCCUCGUAGACCCAAUAUGUAUAGAUAGCAAAUUUUAGGGUAAUUCUUGUUCCACAGUUUGAUUAAGAAGUUUCAUGAGUUUAGAGCUUUGUAGGGUGGGUAUAUGGUAUAUAUACAUAUAUAGUAUAUAUUUUGGUUGAAUGUUGUAUUCUUGGGUUAGGAUUCAGGAGAUGUAUUCUAUAUCUUGUCUGUAUCUUUUGAUAUGGUUGUGUGUAUUUCAUUCAGGAGUGGUAUUCUGCUUCUUUUUUCUUUGUCUUUUUCUUUUCUUUUUUUAAUCUGGUUGUGUAGAGGAUUAUUGGGCUUUUUCCCAUAUGUAGGAUUUUAUUAUCCUUUUUGGGAGUUGUUUUGUAUUCCAAUGUAUUAAUUGACCGAUUUCUGGUCGGAUGUGCAUUGUGUUGAAUAAAUGUGCAAUGUGUUGAAAAAAACCAA